AUGAGUGCGUCCUGGAGUGGGGAGUUACCGAACUGCCUCGUUACCUCUGAUCCAUUCUAUUCGACUAGGAUUACAGGUGAGAAAAGCGAGGGCGAUAGGAUAGGUGGGCUGAUGGGGUCCAUAUAUCGCCAGACCACGACUACCGAUCCGCCCGCUCCGACCACCACGCAUUCAAGGGAGGUCAUCAGCGAUUAUGAGGAGGAGGAUCUUUCGACUGCGGUCCAGACGCUGAUGGACCUGCAGGACGAAGCGCAGUCAGGGGACCGCGGUCAGAAAUCCAAGCCUCGUCCUCGGGAGAAAUACCGUCCGCUGCUGGCAGGGAUGUUUGCGCGGGUGAUCGCAGACGAGGGACACGCCUGCAAAACCAUUUCGACCGAGGACUGCGGCGGUAUAUGGUGGAGUAGAAGAGCCGAAGAAACAUCAUAUCCAGCAACAAGAGCGAAUCUGAAAGAAGGACUGGCGCAUACCACGAGCAGCACAAUCCAUGCCGUUCAUAUGCUGGACCUCUCUCAGUGCGGCCUGAAUUCUCUGGGGCCGUUGAGUCGGCUUUUGACACCCGAUAACUGCGAAGAGUGUGGUAAGACAUAUAAAGGCCUGAUUGAGUCAGUGAAGUACGGAAAAUUCCUAUGUGGAACAUGCAACGAAAACAUCCGUUUUGCCCGUCUUCCUGAUGACGAUCCACGGGUGAGCGCGAGCUGCGGGUGGUGCGAGAUCACAGUGUAG